AUGACUGCUGACGCACAACAGGUCGACAACGCCGCAAGAAAUGCGAUGAGAAAUUCCCCGUCUGCACCGGAUGCUCAGCUACCCGUCAGACAUGCAGGCCUGAGCCACUCAUCGCUCCGCCGCGGCCUCGAACCUGUCGUGUCGAUACACUUCUCUCGGUCCUUUUACAACCUCAUCCUCCUGCCCGGAUCGCACCCGAGCUUUCGCGACAACUGGCUGUCCGACAUCCUCUCGUCCAUGACCCGUAGCCGGAGCCUGUACUUCUCCGUCCUGGCAUGCGCCGCAUCCCACCUGCACUUUACCGACGCGAAGCCGCAGAUGCAGGAGUUGGCUAUACGCUACUACUCCGAUGCUGUGCGGUCGCUGUCCCGCCAGCUGGCCAGUGGGCCGUCGACGUCGCUCGUGCCCGAUGGUCAGGAUGAUGUCGAUGUCUUGAUGCCGGUCAUGUUCUUAUAUCUUCACGGCUUCCUCGGUCUGGGUACAUACAGAGACAUCCCCCGUCACGUCGACGCCGCCAUGCGCAUCCUGUCGGCACGCUUCCUCGACACGGGCGCCACCCUCGAGCGCACCGUCGACAAGCUCGCUGUCGAGAGCGUCCUGUAUCAGGUCUUCAUCGUCGCCACCGGCAUCUGGUCCGAGAGGGCCCCGCGUCUGGAUCAGAACAGCAACGGCUACGUCGACUUCUGGAUCCGUGCCGAGCGUCUCCUGCAGGCCUCGAGCUUCUUCCCCGACGAGUCCAUCCUCGACAGCCCCGUCCUCGGCGUGCCCGUGCAGCUCCUCCGGCUCGUCAUGUCCAUCUGCCGGGGCAUCCACCGCCCGGACACCAUCGACGCCGCCGCCAUGCGCGACCUGCGCGCCCAAGUCGACUGGUGGUGCGACGCCAUGGGUCUAGGCACCACCACCACCACCGCCGCCGCCGCCGCCGCCGCCGCCGCCGCCACACCCGCCACCGCCAGCGGCCCGGAUACGUCGGCCACCUCGUCCGUCUCGCCCUCCCCCGCAUCUCCGUCGCCGUCGUGCUCGUCGUCGUCGUCGUCGUCUUCGUCGUCGGGCUGCUCAUCGUGCUCCUCCUCCUCGACGACGUCUGAUCCCGCCCUCAUCAACCGGGACUCGUCUCACCUGUACGCCCUGGUGUCGUCGCUGCUGCUCGACCGCCUGGAGUCGGGGGACACCAAGCUCUGCCGGCCCGUCGACCCGAACGGCAAGGACCUGCCCCAGGCCGCGCGCGCCAUGCGCAUCGUCCACGCACACUCCGCCGACGAAGCCUGGACGAGCUCCUACCUUGGCGGCUGGCCGCUCUACACUCUCGGCUUCCUCGUCGACGACCCCCGCUCCGUCGAGGCCAUCGUCGAAGAUAUGCGCAACCGAUGGACCCGCACCAGAUUCUUCAUCAUCGCCAGGUACAUUCACGACAUGGAGGUUGCCAGAGGUCUCGGGCACACUGGCGCCAUCCCUCCUGAAGCGCAUAGGUGGCUGGCCUUGUAA